AUGGGCGAGAUCAAAGAGCCUACUUUUACAGUUGACGUGGAGAAACUUGCUGGUAAUAGCGAAGACUCUAGCACACCAUCUAUAGGUGAAGGGACUGUUACUAAUGGUACAAAAAUCCAUUACAAUGAUUUCCAUGAGAAAUUGGAUGUCGAGCAAUAUGGACAAACGCAAAGAAAACUCAACUCGCGACAUGUGAGUCUUAUGAUUAUUGGCCAGUCUGUUGGCUCUGCAUUGUUCAUUGGUGUGAGGUCACCAUUAAACACUAGUGGAUCCUUAUCAUUCUUUUUGGCAUUUGCCGUAUGGGCCAUAUUGGUUGUAUACCCAUUGAUGACCGUUGUUGGUGUAAUGUGCUGCUAUAUGCCGCUGAAGGGCUCAUUUUUCCACUAUUCUGCCAGAUACGUAGACCCAGCUUUGGGGUUUGCAUCGUGCAUUAUAUACAUAUACACAGCAAUGAUGUUUGUUUGUUUAGAGGCCACGGCAGUAGCCCAAGUGAUAGGCUACUGGACGGAUAUUAAUCCCGGAGUAUGGAUCACAAUUGCAAUUGUCUUGUAUGCAUUGAUUGGACUUGUUGGGGUGAAUUUUUACGGCGAAAUUGAAUUUGUUACUUCAAUCUUGAAAGUCUUUCUCAUUGUGGGUUUAAUGAUGUUUUCAUUGAUCUCUAUGUGUGGUGGCAAUCCAAAACACGAUGCAUACGGGUUCCAGCAUUGGCGAGAGGGUGGCUUAUUCCGUGAAUAUUUGGUUCCUGGCCCCACAGGCAAAUUCCUUGCUUGGUGGAACUCGCUAUUAUGGGCUGCGUUUGCUGCAGGGGGUGCUGAUAACUUGGCACUUAUUUCAUCUGAGGUGAUGCAUCCUAGAAAGAAUAUUGCUUUGGCAGCGAAAAGAACAUAUAUUAGAAUCUACUUGUUUUACAUUGGUGGUAUCUUCUUUUUGAAUUGCUUGAUUUCAUCCAUUAAUCCCAAGAUGGUUGAAUCAUUAACAAAUGGAACCACGGGCUCUGCUGGCUCACCAUGGGUUAUUGGUAUUGAACAAGUUGGUGUUAAGGGGCUUGCAGCAUUGAUCAAUGCCUGUAUAAUGAGUUCUGCAUUUUCGUGUGGUAAUGCAUUUUUCUACUGCUCUACCCGCUCCAUCUAUAGUGCGUCGAUUGCUGGGUAUCUACCAAGGUUCUUUAGCAAGUGCUUAUCAAAUGGUGCGCCAAUCAAUUGUGUCAUUUUGACAUUUGCAGUCUCGUUAUUGUCCUACCUCAAUGUUAGCACAACUACUGGUAAUGUGUUUAAUUGGUUUGUAAACUUGUCAACCACUGGUUUACUUUGUGCAUAUAUUUGUAUGUGGUGGAGUUAUUUCCAGUUUAAAAAGGCAUGGGAGUAUCAGAAUGGUGGCAACAAGAUGCAAAAGCCUCAAUAUGAGUACUAUACUGGUCCCAAAUGGUUGCACCCUGUGUUUACAUAUUUUGGUAUGACAUUAACAGUUUUGGUGUUGUUUUUCAAUGGGUUUUGGAUAUUUUUCCCAGGACAGUUUUCGGUUGCAAACUUGUUCACUUCGUACUUUGCCCCGGUAUUUUUCAUAUGUUUAUUUGUGUUUUGGAAAUUGUUGAAAAAGACGCACUUUAGAACCCGUGAGACUGCAGAUAUAACCUCUGGGAAGAGAGAAAUUGAUGAGGAAGAAGAGGCAGACUUGGAGAUGGAAGAGCAGUUGAAGAGUGAAAAUGAAAAGAAGGGAUUUGUGUAUACUUGUGGCCGCAAGAUCAAUGCUUUUUGCUUUGAAUAG